UUGAGGCCAUUUUGGUUGCUACAUGGUGCUGUGUGAAUCUGGUAAGCUUGGGGCCUUAAUGCUUUUGUAUACUGUCAUGGAAAAUCAUUUUAAGUCAGAAUUAAUAGACAGAUAAUUUUUCCUGUUAGUAUUGUGGGGAAGCAGUCCCACUUCAGGAGAAAAACUGAUGAUUACUGGUUAUUUUUAUUGUUCUCAAGACCAUUCACAUCUGGAAGAUUUUUUUUUUCUUGGUAUAAUCAUGUAGCUCAGUGGACAGAGUGCUUGCCUAGUUUGUACAGGUUCCUAGAUUCAAUCCCCAAUACAAAUAGACAAAUAUGGUUAUUUUCUUUUGAAAGUAUUUAGCUACAAAUGGUAACUGCAGAGUGUGGGGGGGAUUGAUACCAAAUAUUUGUAGAAAAUAAAAUAAUUAUAGUAACUUAUCUGGUACACUUCAUUUCAUUUCAUUUGACCAUGUAAUGGAUAAGUUACUACUUUAUAGCAAACUACCUGAACCCUUGGUUUUUCUGGAACUGAUCGUGGAAAUAAAAGUACUCCUUAGCUACCCUGCUCACCUAUGUGUGCACUUACUCCAUGAGAAAGUUCUUGUGGCUGCCAUUUGGAGAAUAAAUUAAUUGCUUGGUAUCUGCACAUUUAAUUCUAUUCCAGUUUAGAAACAAAAGUUAAAUGUAGCAAAUGGAGCUGCAGUGAGAAUAUUGGAACUGACAGAGGAGGUGAUAGGAAAACUCUUAAAACAUACAAAAACUGAGAAUGCCCAGUAGGCUAGAUUGCUAUCCAACUAGAUAUAAUGUACAGACGUUAGUAUUAAAGGAAGCAGUUAUGGAGCAGGUCUCAUGACUUUGAGGCAUCAAGAUAACAGUGUUAGCUUCUGCUCAUUUUAAUACUUCUUUCAGUUAACAUUUUACUUAUGUAUGUUCCUGUUAUGAACAGAGCACUUUCUCAUAUUUUGUCUUUUUUGUGACAACCUGAUGACUUAGGUAAUCAGGUGUUUUCAUCCUCCAGGCCUGGAGAAAUAACUGGAACAGCAUGUUACAGAGCCCAAAGUGAACUCUGACCCCAUUGUCCAGUAUCUUCAUUAUGCUAAAAUCUUUUUAGUACUGAUGAAGCACGUGAUAGCAGUAACCCUCUGAUAUACUAACUGCUUUAUAGUGAAGCAUAACUUUAUACAGAUACAUAAUAUGUAUCUAUAGUACUAUGUACCUGAAGCUUUUAAAACCAUGUUUAUAGAAGAGAGUACAGAAGAGAAGUCUUGUACAGAUUGUGUUUUGGCUUCUUUAUCCGGUUUUUUCCAUGCUCUUUGUGACAUAUUCUGAGCCCAUUGUCCUUUUCAGUGUUCCUCACUGCAUCCCUGCAUGAUUGUAGCAUUUUGUGUCUGUCUCUACUAUUUGUUCUUUGAGACGUUCCAUCACUAUUGCCAAAUUAACCUUUCUUAAAAUUUAGUUUUAUUGCAUCACUUGCCUUUUGAGACUUUUUAGCUUUAUAUGGUUUAAAAGAUGAAAUGUUUUCCGUACCGGAGAGUGAACCCAGGGCCUCGGUGCGCUUGAGAAAUGCUGAACCACUGAGCUGUAUCCCUAGCUCAUUUUAAAAACAAAUUUGAGAUAGCUAAGCUUUCCCAGACAGGCCUUGCAGUCAGCCACUAAUCCAGGCAGGCUUUGAACUUGCUAUCCUUCUACUUCAGCCUGUUUAUUAUUUGGCUUAGCUUCAUGUGGGUCCUGAUUGAUAUGUGACCUUCCUAUUGAUUACCUCGUAUCUGGUUCUUACAGACUACCUAGGAAAAGUAUUUGAUUUUCCCUAUUUAUUUGUGUGUGUACAUGUAUUCAUGUGUGUGUUUGUGUAUGCACACAUGUGUAGGUCUAAGGACAACUUUCAGGAUCAGAUCUCUUGUAUUAUGUAUCCAGGGAUGGAACUCAUGUAGUCAGGUUUGGCAGCAAAUUCCUCUGUUCCCUAAGCCAUCCACUGAAUUGAAAACUUGGAACCAAGUCUUGAAUUAUAACUUUGUCUUUUUUUUUUUUUUUUUUAUCAGUAUGACUUUAAAGAAGUUGUGGAACAAAUGAACAUUACAGUGUCAUUUUAGGAAAACUUAAAUUUGCAACAGCUUUAUGCUUGAAGAAAGGUGAAAAAGUGAAGCUGUGAGGAGGAGGAGAAGAUAGCUUUUAGCUAAAGGGUAAACUAUUUAUUUGAAGGAAUGAUUUCUAGGUUUUAUUUUUAGCCCUUCCCCCUCUGUUCUGGCUUAGCAAGUUUAUUUACUAUUUAUUAUUGUAGGAUUUGCUGUGGACUAAACUGUGUCUAUUCCAAAUUUAUACAUUGAGGCUUUCACCUCUGGUGUGACUAUAACUGAAGAUAGGGUCUCUAGGAGACCUUAAGAUUAAAUGAGGUCACAAUGGUGGGUGUGCCCUGAAACUCUAGAACUGUGUUUGUCAUCAGACCAAUAUAGAGGGCAUAGUCAGAUGGUACAAGAGAAACACAACCUGCCUGCUGGAAUGUCUGGUCCAGAACCAUGAGAAAAUCAACUUGCUUAAACUGCCUCAGCUCGAAGACUUGGCUGUGAGAGCCUGAGUGAAAUAGUACAGUAUUAAAAGGUACCCCAUUCUCUGGUAGUUUUUCCUCAGUAUAAGGUAAAGGAGCCAUUUAAUAUAUUUGUUAAAAAGUUAUACUUCUAAACUUUAUUGUACAUUCAGGUGUCAUUCUCUAUCAUUUUGUAUCUUUACUCCCUUGGCUAGGUAGAAAUACAGUUUUAGAUAUAAGUUAUUCUAGGAAUGUUGUAAGGGAUUUCUCUGGCUUACUGUCUGGGAUCCUUUUAAUAUCUGUGGCAUACUCAUUUUAUAAUAAAACAGUAUUUUCCUGUUCUAGGUUUUGUUUUGCUUUUUUGUAAUGGCUGAAAAGCACCAGACACAAGUCCUUAGCACUUGACUCCAGAAAACAGUUUAUUACUUUACAGUGAGAGAAACUGAAGUUCAAAUAGUUAUGAUUUAGACUAGGGCUAUAGAGUUUAGAUGACCCUUUGGCUAGGAUUGCCAUUUCUUUUUGAUGUCCACAUAGAAAUGUAGUAAAGUGAACUUAAAACAAAACUUGGUAUGUGUGUAUUAUGUUACAUAUUUUAAACAAAUUUUUACCCUUUUUUAAUAAUGAUGGUUCUGAGUAUGUUGUAUCAAAUCUAUAUAGGCCCAUAUAAGAAUUACUUAGAAAAGUUCAAACAGUUCUUGCAUGAAUAAGCAGACUUUCAGUGAGUAAAUUUUACAACAGUUGUUAUUCAGGAAAGUUUAUAAUUAUGAUUAGUCUUUCAUGUUACCCAUCUUCCAUAAAAGACUAAUUUGUCAUACCACAGUUUGUAAUAAUUUUAGAUUUUAAGAAUAUAAUGAAUGGCUUUUAUUAAUCAAGAAUAAUAUUUUCUUUGUAUCUUAAACUUAGAAUGGCCUUCACAAUAUAAUGGUAGAACAUUCACUUCAGGUACAAUCUUUCACAGUAACUUUUGUGUUUUUUUUAAUUUUUAAUUUAAUUAUUUUUAUUUAUUACAGUUUAUUCACUUCGUUUCCCAGCUAUAGCUCCCUCCCUCAUCCCUUCCCAAUCCCACCUGCCGUCCCUCCAUCCUCCCAUGAUUCUCCCCUAGUCCACUGAUAGGGGAGGUCCUCCUUCCCUUUCCAUCUAACUCUAUCCUAUCAGGUCUCAUCAGGACUGGCUGCAUUGUCUUCCUCUGUGGCCUGGUAAGGCUGCUCCCCCCUUAGGGAGAUGAUCAAAGAGCAGGCCACUGAGUUCAUGUCAGAGACAGCCCCUCUUCCCCUUACUAGGGAACUCACUUGGAGACUGAGCUGCCAUGGGCUACAUCUUCUGGAGUUCUGGGUUAUACAAAUGGUUAAGCUCUAUGAAAAUUUUAUUUGUAAAAUAUUUUCAAGAACAUUUAUAAUAUGUAAAAUGAUAAGAUAGGUUUAAUAAUGUCUUUAAUCUCUUUUGUAGGUGUUCUUUUCUGUUUGAAGGUUUUGAUUUUAGUUUUUAAAUUUUUCAUCUGAAAAACCAAAACAAUGCAGAAAACUUGCUUUCUAGUUUUUGAGGAGAUAAUACAGGUUUUAAAGAAAAACAUGUUUUAAUACUGUGGGAGAGCAUUUCUUUAAUUUUUAAAUUUAUUCUUCUUUUAUACAAUACAUCCUAACUGCAGCCUUCUCCAACCCCACCCCUGCCCUGCCUCCCCAGUCCACCAGAUCCACUGUUCUUCUGUUUCCCUUCCAAAAAGUACAGGCCUCCCAAGUUAUUGGCAGGAGAAGAUGGCUAAGGAGUUGCUGAAGAGUCUCAGUAUCAUAGGCUUCUCUGAUGAAGCACAAAGAAAUCUUAGGAAGAAAGAUGUAGGAGCUGGAAAGGGCCAUACUUAGGGUUGAAGCCAUGUUGGAAGGUUGCAUGGCUCUGUUAAUAUCUGGCUUCCUUGAACAUAAGAAGCAUGCCAUUAGCAGUAAUCAAAACAAGAUGUGUUUAUUUCAGGAGACAUUCUGAUACCAGCACUCCAGAAUAAUAACUCUGUAAGUUAGGGAACGACAUCUUUUUUAUCUUGGAAUUUUAAAAUUCAGCCAUCAUGUAUACAUUGUAGUUAGGAGUAGCACAGUCUUUCUGUUUUGAUGUUUUUUUCUAAAUUUGGUUGUAAUUUUAUGUUUUUAUUGUUAAAUUUAGAAAUACAAUUGAUUUCUAUAUAUUUGUUUUAUAGCUUUUAGCAUUCCCAUAUACUUUCUUAUUAUUCCAGUAGUUUUAUAUAUAGAACCACAUCAAUCUGCAAAUAAAAACAAUUGUAGUGUUUUUUCUACACUUCUUUUUCUUGUUGUAGUAUCUCUAAUUUCGUGUUAAGUAGAUGUGACUGAGAGAACAUUCUUGUCCUGUUCUGUAUCAUAGGAAGGAAUACAUAUUCAUCCUUGAGUUUGACAUUGGUCUGUAACAGCCCUUUUACCCACCUUUUUGUUUCUUGAAGUUUUCUCAUAUUCUUCAUUUGUUAUUUUUGUUUUGCUUUCUGUCCUUAAAAUUGUGAUGGAUGUUGAUUAUUCAUAGUAUUUUCAAUAAACUUAUUAUCCAUUUCUCUGAGGCAUAGUUUCUGUCCUGUGUGCUUACUUACUGUAUAGACUUAGACUGUAGUACAGGCUGCUCUCCCUGGUGUCAGCAAUAACUGUUAUAUGAAUGAGUUGCUAAAGCAGUGUUCUUGAUUCUGAGAGCAAGUUAUACUUCCCUACUAAAGCUGCCUACUCUGGUACUCUGCCUUUACAUGGUAAUAGAUCUAACUUAAAAUAAAAGUUUCUCUAUUCAAUAAAUAUGAGAGCUGAGAGUACAAACAAUUGAACUCGUGAGAGCUACAAUUUUUCAAUAAAUACUUACUCAGUUUAUAUAGCAAGAGUAUAUAAAGAUCUAGCAACUGUAUUUUGCAUUUAGUUUCUGAAAGGUUUUUGUCUUCCUAUCUGCUAGAAAAAGAUGAAGGGUCAGUUAAAUUACAUUUACAGGAACAGAAUGAAGUACAGUAGUUGACAGGAGAGUGAGAGCAAAGACAUUUCUGUUCUUGAAUUCUCACUUUGUCAGCAUUUCCUUACUGUUUGGCUUUAGCUAAACCAGAAUUUUAAAAAGUGAGAAUUUUCCAGUUUCUUAUUAUUUUUUGCUAAAUAUUUAACAUAUUAUGAGAAAGUCCAGCUUGCUGCCAAGAAUGAAAUGUAGGUGGUUUAUUCUUAAAAAUCCAAUCUUGUGGUUCCACAGUAUUUACUGGCACAUAAUGUAAAAUCAAGUGGGAUUUAUCUGUUAAAACAGGCAGUGUCCUGGAACAAAUCCCUCUAUUGUUCACACUGUUAAAAUUGCUACCAUAUAUUUUUAUUUCUUAGAAAGGACCAGAGCCACAUGUUAAAAAUGUAUUAGUAAAGGUUUUACAAAUGUAAUUCAAAUAUUAAAAUUCUUAAUUGAUGUUUAAAUGGUGAGUCUUGUAAAAUAUUAAGAAUUUUGCAGAAAAGUUUUUCUGUCUUCCCAACAAAAUGCCCUAGGAUAACAGUGCUGGGAGUAUUGUUUUAGCAAUAAAGAUUAUCAUGUGGAUAUGUUCCUUAGAAGGCCCCAUGGUAGUAAUACCCCUAGAUUUUGUCUUUAAAGAAAACUGCUGAGAGGCAAUAAUUUUUUUUGUAUGUGUCCCAUUUUCAUUAAUGCAUGGUAAUUGAUGGAGUUGCAGUGACUCGUAGCAGUAAUGAGUUCUAAACAUAAUAACGCACUCUUUUCUAAUAAGUGAGCACUGCUGGGGUUUAAAAGCAUACUAAAUCAGUUGCUUUAGUAUGAAUUUAUUAGUUUUUUUCAGCAUUAGCUUUAAUAGUAGUUAUUUACAUAAGCGUACAUCCCAUUAACCGCCAUCAGGGCUGGAAAACAUGCUGAACUGUUCAUAUUUUCAUAUAAUUAUUGAACAUAAUGGUUUCAUUUGCAUUUCUAAACAGUGAUGUUUCUGUCAGCCUUGGAAAUAGUGUCUUUACGCAGUCCCUAUUUCACAUCCACUUAUUUGACAUCGUUAAAUUUUAUGCUAAUGUGCUUCCCUAGAAUAUCAUCAGUAGGACAGAUGCUUGUGCUUUAAUAUACAAAUCAGGCAUGCUUUUCCAUCCCCCCAAAUUGCAGAGGAAAUUUUUUAAAAUCGGCACUUUUUGAUAUAGAGUCCAUCUCUAUAUAAAUAUGUUUAUGAAAAUAAAAGUUUUAGGGUUAAAUGUUAUAAUCUGGUUGUCUCUUGAAAAAUGCGUAUUGUGAAAGCUAUCUACCUGACUGGGUUAGCUCUGUUGCCUUGCCUGAGGAGAUAAGUCUUAAUAAAGAUCUUGUGGCUUAUGAAUAUUUAGAGUUCUGCUUCUGAAAUGUUGAUCUUGAGAUGUAGGUUUUUCCAUGUUUUUGAAUCCUUCAGGUCACAGUGUUAGCGUAAGUGUUUUCUCUGGUUUUGUUCCUCAAAUCUCCUAAGCUGGGUUGUAAACUUUGUGAUGAAAGCUGUUAUGUUAAUGCUUCGGGGAGUCUUAGCUUCUGUUGCAUUCAUAAAGCAUGGAGGGUGAGAGAGUGAGCCAUUUGGUAAGGAAGCAUGUCCAGGGUAGUAGCCCAACACAUGAGGGUGCUUUGUGGACAAACUCCUUGCCAGGUGGUUAUCUAUGUAUAGUCAUAUUCUGUGCCUCCUGUAGUGGGGAUGCUUUUCUGGGUGCUGUCAGCCAAUUGGCUGAAAAAAGCUAAAUAGCAGCAUUCAAUUACAUGGUUGUUUGAGGUUUUAUGAUGGAAGGGAUGGCCAUUGAAGCCACUAGAUUUUUUUUUUUUUUUUUUUUUUUUUUUUUUUUUUGGUUUUACCUUUCUUUUCCUGUAUUCUGACAACUAGGGCAACAUUCUGUUGUUGACACUUAGUGGACCUGCAGUGCUGGAGCUGACUCUGCACAGUGCAAAGCACAAGGUUGGCAGUCUUGCAAGACAGAGCAAGGAGCAGCUUUGAGAAGAGUUCUUGCCCCAAAUUACUGGCUAAAAAUAAAUCAGAACUGCUGUAGCCCAAAACUGACACAGCAUACGAGGACUGUUUGGAUAGGAAUGUGAUUUGGCUUAACAGGUCAAGAGGCAACUGAAAUUUUUGCAAGGACUUCUAUUCUUUGGGGAAUUGUGGUGAAAGAGAUACAAGAAUUGUAAAGAAACUACCAGAUGGGUAGAGUUUCAAGCUACUCAUUUUUACCCUAGCCUUUUCAUGAAUUUUCUAUGUAAUAUCUUAAAAUAAGUCUAAAACUUGUAAUUCUCACAAUUACAAAAUCUGGGUUAUAUUUAAAAUAUUGGACAGGCAGAAGUCGAAGGAAAAGUAGUCCUCAUCAGCAGAUCUGUUGCCACAUCAAGUAUUAUAUCCAAUAGUGUGGGGGAGGGUAGGAGAUGAUAAAAGCACUUACCUGCAAGCCUGGCUGAAGGAUAGGUGUAAAGAUGAAAGGAAAGAGAUGACUCUACCAAAUUAUCUUUUGACCUUCUUUCACACUCUGUGGCACAAUCCAGGGCCCCAGAAUAAUAGCAAAUAAAGUUUUUCUAAGUUGUAAUUUUAAUCUGAAAAGACUGUCUUUCUAGGAAAGUGUGUUUUCAGCUCCUUUCAAAACUUCCUUAACACCAAAUUGUUGGUAUUGUUGAUGGUAAGGCUGGUUUGCUACAGAAGAGGAAAAACAUUCCCUGUCACCAAAACAUAGUGUUAGUUUUUUUUCUUCUGUACAUAAUUCUUUCUUUUCUGGAAAGAAUUUAACAAUAAAAUCAAAAUUUAAUAACCCCAUUAAGUAUUACAUUAUUAGAGGACCACGAUGUUUACUCUAAAAUGCAUACAGAAAGGAGUUCAAGUGUUCCAAGACUGUUUCCAACCCAACCUCAGAAGAUAAGAGAGUUCGUGUUUCAUAACAGCUUCUGUGUACAGGUUUUGCAGUUCAAAAUUCUAAGUAGUGUUAGAUAUUAGCCAUAUACCAAUAAGUUGAGAGGAGCUUUAAUUUGUAGUUAUAUUUAUUUUCUUUUUUAUGGCUUGGGGAACAGAAUUACCACCUCCUUUUGAGAGGUGACUGAUCUACUUAGGAACCUGAUCCUGAGGUCUGACAACCCCCACACUCCUGUUCUACAAAGCUUCAGGGACUAAGAUCUGCUCUGUAUGCAGCAUCUGCUACAGUAUAGAGAAUGUCAAGAACUUCUAAGUCUCUACCAGAAGUACCUAUCAGAGCAGCAAGAGAAGCUCACCAUGUCACUCUCACAACUUGGUGCUGCUAGAGCACAGGAGCAGCAGAUAAGCAACAAGAAAAGCACUCAUCAACCUUCACUGAUGGACCUGGAUGGUUCCUACCUGAGUGUGGCCAAACCACAAACUCACUGUCAGACCAAGGCAAGGCCUCAGUCAGCAAACCUGAACUCAGCUUCAGAAUCCCUUAUGGCAAUGAGGAGCAAUUCUUUGAAACCAAUAACACUUUACCAUCCCAAAGAGGGUUUAGAAAGGGUGUCAUCAGAAACCAGAACAUGUAUUUAUGAAUCUCUAGAGAGGAAACCAAUAGAUGCAACCCCAGUAGAGAAAGCCCUACCAGAAGAGUUGAAGAUCAACGAAUAUCCACACCUUCCACCUGCUCCAUCUAGCCAGUGCUGUGGUCAUAAAUUCUCUGAAAGUGAAAGUUAUGUUCAUGAGAACUAUCAUCCUACAAACAUGGCCCCUCAAUAUUCUAAGACACAUCCAGAAUCAUGCAGUCAUUGUGGGAUUUCCUGGGCAUCUCUCAUGCAUGGUAGAGUGACACAGCAUUCCAGUGAAACUGACAUCAAAAAGCAGCUCUCAGAAGAUCGAAGGCAACAAUUGAUAUUUCAGAAAAUGGAACUAGAAAUUGAAAAGGAACGCUUGCAGCAUCUGCUGGUCCAGCAAGAAACAAAACUACUUCUUAAACAGCAGCAGCUGCACCAAUCCCGACUGGAUUACAAUAGGUUAAGAACUCAAGCUAUGUUUACAUCUCAAGAACUGGUUGCUGAUAAGGAGUUUACUAAACCUGAUCUGGAUCUGAAUAUGAAUGGGAGUGACUGUGGACCAAGUUUAUUAAAGUUGAAAUGUGAUGGACAGCUGCAUGGAACCUCAUCAUCCUUUAAAAUGUGCCCAAGCUCUCCAAGCAGUGGACAAAACAGGAGGGAGAAGAAGACAGUUGCCUUUCAGUCACAUGUGGAGGAUGAUGCCCAGAGCAUAUGUCAAGAGAAUGAUACAUGCAGACCUCAGAGAGAGACAGUGACAGGAGUUAGAAAAGAUGCAUCCACAUCUCCUAUGCCAACAAGAAGCCCUAAGGGCCCUGUGACCCCAUCCUUGUCAUCACCCCAGCAAAACACCUCAAGGUAUGAGACAUCUCUGUUGGAUUUGGUUCAGUCACUGAGCUCAAAUUCUGCUCCCAAAUCUCAGCCCCAUUCCUCCAGAGCAGCAGGGGCAUGGAGUACUUUCCGACCUAGCCCUCAGAAAUCGACCUGGAAGAAAGUGGGGACACUCAGGAGCCCUGAAGACCUGGAGGAGAGUCAGAUUCUGGAAGACAUAUUUUUCAUAUGACUGAAGCACAUGCUACACAUUUCCAUGAGAAGUCUUAGUCUGCUUGCCCUGUCUGCACUGAGUCUAGGAAAGCUCUGCUGAUUAUCCUUUCUGGCCCAGAUCUAAACUCUUCUCUUCAGGCUGAACUCAGUCCUGUUGAUUUUACCCAGCUGCCUUCCCUUGGCGCCUCUCAAUUCCAUACUCUUCCUCAGAGGCAAAUGAAAAGGCACAACUAAAACACUUGUAGUCAUUCCCUUUGGAAAUUAAAAGUUCAUUGAAAAUUCCAAUUUCUGUUUCAACUUCAUCCUGAAAGUAACUAGAACAGACUUGCUCCAUUUCAAAACACCUUUUUUAGGAUAUGUCUUUGGAGUGGCAGAAAUGGCCAUUUUCUUAGUUAGGUUUCCAGAGCCAUCUUCACUCUAUUCCAUGUGUCACAGGCAGCUUAACUGUAUCAAUUCCUGUAGGCCUGCUAUAACCAUAGUCACUUGUUCUGAGCAUCCAUGUUCUUACUACUCCAAAGUAUGUCCCCAGAAGGAUAAGCAAUAGAAUCUGAUCUUUUUAAUAAGCUUAUUUACUCAUAGAAGAGUCAUAGCCUAAAAACCACAGGCUUUUUGUGAUGGAGUGAUAUGCAGUGAAUGGAAUUUAAUUGCCUUUUCACCUCACCAACAUGGAAGUUUGGAAGGGAAAAAAUGAGUUUUCAGGGGAGCAUCAAUCAACACACAUUCGUACUUCACAUUCCCUGCCAGCUGCCUUCUCUAUCCUGCAAGCAUUCCAUUUUUGCACUGUUGUAAGGGUGUUAGGAAGUGACUUUAUUAUUAAUUGGAUGAUAUGUGUUAACAUUUUAAUCUGUAUUAAAUUUCUUUUGAGAUAUA